AUGGCUGAAGAGGAUAACUUUGACUUGGAUAUUUACGGAGAUGGCGGAUACAACGGACAAGAAGGACCAGAGCUGAUCCUCGAUGCGCCCGAGGCCAAUGGUCAUGAAGGCGGGGAAGGUCAGUUGGGUAACAAUGAUAAUGCACAGGCAGCCAAUGGUCAAGACACGCAACAUCAGAUUCAGAGCACUGCAGGUCAGGCUCCCCAGCAGCAGGCACUCGUGCAGCAAGGUCAGAAGCGCAAAACAUCAUCCUCUGAAGAUCGACCUACAGACCCAGAUGCUACUACUGCAUUAUUUAUCUCAGAGUUGUUCUGGUGGACCACCGAUGAUGAUAUUCGCGGCUGGAUCAACGAGGCUAAUGCCGAGGAUGAGCUAAAGGAUGUCACUUUCAGCGAACACAAAGUCAACGGAAAGAGCAAGAGCCAAGCAUACGUUGAAUUCACUACAUUACAAGCCGCGACCGCAGUCAAGCACUUGAUCGAGCAUUACGCCAGUACCGGCCAACCGGGUCGCAAACACACCGCCAACUACACCAACCCGCACCAGAAUCCAUUCCGCACCCUUCCCAAGGACGCACCCACUCGUAAAGAUGACCGCAACAACAGGCCCUUCAACCAACCCGGAACCCAAAACAUGGGCUACGGUAUGAACAACAUGGGCGGCGGCAACACUGGCGGCGGCUUUCGAGGCGGACGUGGAGGCUUCAACCGUGGCGGUAUGGGCUACAACAAUCGCAAUUUCUCUGGUGGCAUGAACACCGGUUUCCAAGGUGCUGGCGGCCCCAUGAGCGGUGGAGGCUUCAAUAACCCAAUGGGAGGCGGCGGCAUGGGUAACUACGGGGGAGGCUUCAAUAACCGCGGCGGAAACAUGAUGGGCGGUGGUAUGCGUGGUGGUCCAAACAUGCGUGGCCGUGGUGGCGGACCCAACAUGGGCGGUGCACCCAAUAUGAUGGGUAUGGGCAUGAACCCGAUGGGAGGAAUGGGUAUGAAUCCUGCCAUGGCUGGCGGCAUGAAUCCUAUGAUGGGUAACAUGGGUAUGGGCUUCCAAGCAGGAAACUUCAACCCCAAUUUCGGCGGCGGAUUCCAGGGUAACCCUCAAAUGGGUAAUGACCAAGGAUCAUGGAAUCCGCAUGGCGCAAAAAGGACGAGACAGGAGUAA